AUGCAGAGGCUUCUGGAUGCAUCACACCGUGACUUGAGGAGAGCAAGAGCUGCAGCAUUGAACAUAGUCCCGACCAGCACUGGUGCAGCAAAGGCUGUGUCACUAGUGCUACCUCAGCUCAAGGGAAAGCUCAAUGGAAUUGCUCUCCGAGUGCCAACACCUAAUGUUUCUGUUGUUGACCUUGUUAUCAAUGUUGAAAAGAAAGGAAUUUCAGCUGAAGAUGUCAAUGCAGCUAUCAGAAAGGCAGCUGACGGUCCGUUGAAUGGCAUAUUGGCUGUUUGUGAUGAGCCUCUUGUGUCAGUUGACUUCCGAUGCAGUGAUGUUUCCACCACCAUCGACUCCUCUUUAACCAUGGUUAUGGGAGACGACAAGGUCAAGAUUGUCGCUAGGUAUGACAACGAGUGGGGAUACAGCCAACGUGUGGUCGACUUAGCACAUCUGGUAGCAAGCAAAUGGUCUGGUUCAGCUGCAGAAUUUCAACAAGGAAUUCUGUUUUUCUUACUUACUAACUCCUAA